AGCCAAAAAUAAGAUCUUUAUUAUUACAGCGUUCCUUAUUUCACUGUCUUCAUCUCUAUCUCCUCUUAAAACCCUGGUAGGAGUGGUAGCCGCUCCAAAUCCGAUCCAUAUACAGUCAAGAAUCGCGCGCGUCACCUAGCAGCGUGAAGCAGAAAAGAGCAAGGAUACGGGACCAAGGAUUCAUAGUCUUAAGGAUGAAGAGCAACGAGCGUCUAGCAAAUAUACUUUUAACAGGUUUAACAUUUGCUCCACUUGUGAUAAAUAUAGACCCAAAUCUGAAUGUCAUUUUAACAGCUUGCCUCACAGUGUAUGUGGGUUGCUACCGUUCUGUUAAACCAACUCCACCUUCGGAAUCAAUGUCUAGUGAACAUGCAAUGCGAUUUCCCUUAGUUGGAAGUGCAAUGUUGUUGUCACUGUUCUUGCUUUUUAAGUUCUUAUCUAAAGACCUGGUUAAUGCUGUCCUGACAUGUUACUUCUUUGUACUCGGCAUUGCAGCUCUGUCAGCAACAUUGUUACCUGAAAUUAAGAAUUUCUUGCCAACAAAGUGGAACGAAGAUCACAUAAGUUGGCGUUUUCCAUAUUUUCACUCUUUGGAUAUCAAGUUCACAAGGUCUCAGAUUGUAGCUGCAAUUCCUGGAACUCUUUUCUGUGUAUGGUAUGCAAAGAAAAAGCAUUGGCUUGCAAACAACAUUUUGGGGCUUGCAUUCUGCAUCCAGGGAAUAGAAAUGCUUUCACUUGGCUCAUUUAAGACUGGUGCCAUUCUUUUGGCUGGACUUUUUGUAUAUGAUAUUUUCUGGGUCUUUUUUACUCCAGUGAUGGUUAGUGUAGCAAAGUCUUUUGAUGCUCCCAUCAAGCUUGUGUUCCCAACUGCAGAUACUAAACGUCCAUUUUCAAUGCUGGGCCUUGGAGAUAUUGUUAUACCUGGAAUUUUUGUGGCAUUAGCACUCCGCUUUGAUGCUUCAAGGGAGAGGCAAAGCCAAUACUUCACAAGCUCAUUUUUAGGGUACAUAACCGGUUUGGCUCUCACCAUUUUUGUGAUGAACUGGUUUCAAGCUGCACAGCCAGCACUGUUAUACAUUGUUCCAGCUGUUAUUGGAUUCUUGGCUGUGCAUUGCCUUUGGAACGGGGAUGUUAAACCGCUGCUGGAGUUUGACGAGUCCAAGACUAAAGUUUCUGAAGCUCAAGAUGCCACAGAAAACAAAAAGACAGAGUAAAGUUAGGAAAUACAGUUGAAAAGACACACUGACAGCCGACGAUAUUUUGCUUUGGCUGAGUCAAAUAUUUGUUGUAUCGGAUUUUGUUUAUUUAAGAACACAAGCAAAUAUUCUAGCCUCUUAAUUAAUAAUUUCCAGGCAUUUUCAUUGUUCUUUAGCACUAAUUCCCCUACAUUUUUGCUUCUGAUUUAUUGCCUGUCUCAAACGGGAAUAACCUGGUGAUAGUUAGUACUGGUUUAGACUAUG